GCAGAUCAUUGCAGAUACACCGCCAUUGUCCUUUAAUCAAUUUUUUGCAAGGUAGAACAUACCCCACGAUCAGCUCAUCUCAGCAUCUGUCUGUUCAAUCACUGACGGCCAAUCAAGAGACGCGAGUGUGUUGACCUAUGAAUAUUGUAUUUGAUGAACUGACAGUUGUUGAUAUUGUGUGAUUCCUGCUUCAAUUGCCAAAAUGACUGAAACAGUUAAAGUGGCAGUUAGGGUUCGCCCUUUUAACUCCAGGGAAAUCAAUCGCAAUGCUAAGCUCAUCAUUGAGAUGUCUGGGAACCAGACCAUAAUCAAGGAUCCAGAAAAUAUGAAAGCGGAACCAAGAAAAUUUGCCUUUGAUUACUCUUACUGGUCUCAUGAUGGGUUCAAAGAGAGAGCUGAUGGUUAUAAUGAACCCGCAAGCAGUAAAUAUGCUGACCAGAAAAAGGUGUUUGAUGACUUGGGGCGAGGAGUUUUGGAAAAUGCAUGGAAAGGUUACAACUGCUCUUUGUUUGCCUAUGGACAAACUGGAAGUGGAAAGUCUUACAGUAUCAUUGGUAGCCCUGGCAACAAAGGUAUUGUUCCUCUCGUGGGUGAGGAGCUCUUCAGGGGCCUUGAGGAAAAGAGAAAAUCAGCGGCUAAAGAUGCUGAUUUCCAGGUCCAUCUUAGCAUGAUGGAAAUCUACAAUGAACAAGUGAGGGACCUUCUCUCCUCCAAAGCAGCUGUAAAGGGUGGACUCCGAGUGCGCCAGCACCCCGCCAAAGGAUUUUAUGUGGAAACUCUCACAUCAUCACCUGUAAAUAGCUUUUCUCAUAUUGAAGCAAAGAUGAAUGAAGGAACAACAAACCGCACCAUUGCUUCUACAAACAUGAAUGCCACUAGCAGUCGAGCUCACACAAUUGUGGCAAUGACUUUUACACAAAAGGAGAAGAAUGAAGCUGGUCAAAGUAUGACAAAGACAUCGAUUAUCAACAUUGUGGAUUUGGCAGGCAGUGAGAGGGCAGACAGUACUGGUGCAACCGGAGACCGUUUGAAGGAGGGUUCUGCCAUCAACAAGUCUCUGAGUACCUUGGGAAAUUGUAUCAAAGCACUUGCUGACAUGGCUGGUGGGAAGAAGAAUGUACUUGUUCCAUUCCGAGAUUCUGUUCUGACAAAGCUCCUUAACAAUGCUCUGGGGGGAAACAGUAAAACAGUCAUGGUUGCUGCCCUCAGUCCUGCAGACAUCAACUAUGAAGAGACUUUGUCCACUCUUAAAUUUGCUGACAGAGCCAAGGCAAUCAAGACAUCGGCUGUCAUCAACGAGAGCCCAACUGACAAGCUGAUCCGAGAGCUGAGAGAAGAAAACCAAAAACUGCUGGAGAUGCUCAAGGCUGGAGGUGUUGGGGCCGGGGCUGCUGCAGCGGGUGGAUCAGCUGCUUCAAGCCAGGAGGUUGAAGAAAUGAAAAAACAAAUGGAAGAACAAAUGGCUGCCAAUCAAAGAGAACUGGAAGAAAUGAAAAAGUCAUGGGAGGAGAAACUGAAGGAUUCCCAGGCAGAUUCUUUGGCAAAAUUGGAGGCAGAGAAAAAGAAAACAGAAGAGAGGAAAGUUACCCCUCACUUCUGGAAUCUGAGUGAAGAUCCAGCCUUGACAGCGAUGAUUAUACAUUUCUGUCGAGAGGGCACUGCCAAGAUUGGGAACAAGAAUGCGAGUCCAGCUCCUCAAAUCUUGAUGAAUGGUCUCAGUAUUUUGAAGGAUCAUGCAACUGUCACCAACAAGAAGGGAACAGUCUCCUUGAAGCCUGUGGGAGAAGCCAAGAUCAUGGUGAAUGGCAAAGUCAUCAAGCAAGACACAGAGCUCCAUCAUAAUGACAGGGUACUCUUUGGCUCCAAUCAUCUGUAUGUGUUCCAUCAUCCUCAAGAUGAAGCUAAGCAAGUCAAAGCGGGAAAAGGUGUCGAGGCACCUACUUAUGACACUGCUCAAGAAGAAAUUGCUAAAGAAUCUGGUUUGAUGGCCAACACUGAUGGCAAAUCCAAAGAGGAUUUAGUGUUACAAGAGGAUCUGGUUCAGCUGCUGCCUAUGGUCAGCGAGGCCAAUGCUAUGUCAGAGGAACUGGACAAAAAGGUCAAAUUUGAGAUCUGCUUGAUCUCAGCUCGUGCAAGGGGUUUGAAAGAAGGCCCGACUGAGGUGAAGAUCAAGAUGAAGAAUUUGGAGAAUGGCAACGCGUGGUUGUUGGACCGCAACAAUUUCAUCAACAGGAAGUAUCUGAUGCAGGAAAUGUACCAGAACUUCAUGGAAGGUGAUACUGACUGGGAUGUAUCCAAGGAAAAAGAUCCAUUUUGGGAACCUCAUACAACACCAGUGAUGAUUGGUACAGUACAUGUGUACAUGCAGCCCAUAGCUCAUCUCAUCGACAUGGAUGAGAAUAUGGUCAUUAUGGACAUCAAAGGACAAGAGACAGGCCACUUGCUGAUUGGAUCUAUUCCGUGUGAUGCUAAAUGGAAGACACUGCCUGAAGAUGUUUUUGCUGAUGAUCCUAAAGAAUUGAGUGGCAAAGCUCUCUACUUCAAGUUCUCAAUCAAAGGAGCAAGAGGGAUUCCUGCAAAUUUUGACACAACUUACUGUAACUACAAGUUUUACACUGAGGACAAGCCAACAAAGACAAAGGAAGUGAAAGGAACAAUCAACCCAGAUUACGACCAUGAAAGACAAAUCAGUUUCAAGUCUGUCACGAAUCAGCUGAUUGAAUACCUCAGUAAUGACUCGGUCAUGAUUGAAGUGUGGGGUAUACAGAAAGAAGAAGGUAUGAAGACAGGGAGUGAAAUCAAGAACACCAAGGAUCUGAUGCAGAGAGAGAAAUCCACUUUAGCUCCUCCUGCAGCGGGUCAAAAGACGCCUGCUCCUGCAAGUGGUGGUCAAAAUGACAAACAACUAGCGAAUCAAAUCCAAGAACAGCUGAAGAAAGCAAAGGCCAAGGGCAUGAAGUCUGUGCCAAUUGAUGAGAUAGAAGAAACUUUGGCCCGACUCACUGGGGCUGAGGCUCCACCUGCCAAGAAAGCCGGAGCAAAGGGAGGCAAAAGCACAUCAAGAGCUUGUGUUCUUCAGUGAUCUCAGUCUGAUUGCAAAAAAAGACAAACAAAUCUACUCAGAAAGAUUCCCCUUGCAUUUAAUCUGUCAAUUGUUGUUUCACAGUUUGUAGUAAGAAAUCCCAGCUAGGGUCUUAUCCUCUCCUGUUGCAGCCUUUUUACGUUAUAUUUUUACUCUUAAAAUACAAUUCCGUUUCAAGUAACAGCUGAGUAGGCUAUAUCACCAACCUCCCACAUAAUUGGAGCAGAAGAAUCAUAGCCUUGUUAAAAAUGCAUAGCCUUCCAAUAAAUAACAAUCUCUAUCGGUGGAAAUUAAUAAAUUCAUCAUUAUAUGAGAGGUGUAAAUCUCAUGAAAUUAAAGAUGAAUUUCACUUUAUUUUCUAUCGUCCAUACUUUGUCCAUCAAAGGAAAUUUCCCCCAGCCUGACUCGGCCUAGUUACAGAAAUAUGCAAUGUUUGACCCAAGAUAAGAGAUAUUUUCACAACAUGUACUUUUUCAUUAUGGAAACUUUAUUUAACAAAUGAGUGUUUUACAUGACGUGAUGUGGGCUAAUGGCCUUCACACUGAAUGAACUUACUUACUUACUCUUAAAAGUUGGCUGAAAGUUUAGAUUUUAAUGCUUAUAGCCUUGGAGGCCUCAUGUGCAUUAAAAAUAUUUCAUUUGACUUUAAAAAUAUUAUUUUUUAUAGACAUUUCAGUAUAGAGAAGGCACAUUAAAAAGAUGUUAUAAUAUUGGUCUCACAGUGGCUGUCACAGGGGCUCUUGAAAAAAAGGGUUAGACAAAGAGUAGUUGUCACAAUCUCGAUAAAUUCAUGAAAGUAAAAUAAAAUUACAAGUCAUUCUAUUUACUUGAACUUGACAAGUAGUGAAAAUUUUACUGCAGUUCUGAAAAAGGAAAUUAUGGUUUGUUUUUACGAGUAGUUUAUCAAGACAAGGCACAAUUCUUAGAGGGCAUUUUCAGCAAAAUUACCUGUUGUUCACAGGCAGUGGUUCUGUUGCUGACACUGUUUCUACAUGUUUACAUAUGUACUGCCAGAGUGCAGUAAAAGUUUAAAGAGGAAAUCUUGCAUUUCUUGUACCUUACUCAAAAAAUUAAAUAUAAUUAUGUCUUCUUUGAGUACUCAAGAGUUUACAGCAUCUUUUGUUUUAAUAGCUCGUGCUAUUUUAUUUUUAUUGUUUACUCUCUGAUUAAUGUAUAUUUUAUCUCCUGAUGGGGUCAUUUCUUUUACCUUCUUGUUCGAUUUCGAUACUUAAUUAAGUAAAUUAUAAUUUUCUGAUCUAUUCUUGCUUUGUACAUAUAUAUUAUUUGUCAGUUUUGUUGCACCCUUCAGACUGCCUUUAUCAGCACACCUGCUGUGUCUCUCCCUAUUGCAGACUAAAUGGAUUAUUAUUGAUGAUAUGGGCUGGAAAGAAAAAGAACAACUGAAAAACCUUGAUUUUUGUAAGUGGGGUGAGUGAAAGAUCUUUUGAGUAUUUUGUUCUUGUCACCCAUCUAGAAGAGUCUCUUUUUGAUUUAAAGAAGAAGAUAUAUGUAUUCUAUAAUGGAACUGGUUAUUUGAGACAUCCCUUAAAGGCAUGAAAUAGUAACAGGCUUGAUUUUCUUUGGCUUGUGUUCUUACAAAAGUCCUAGUACUAAUGAAAUCCUUUGUUGCAUUAUUGAUUUGUAAAAAGUAUUGUUAACAAAAUUCUUGCCGGUGGAAGGAAUUGGCACCCUCACCCCCCACUCUCUUCUAAUGAAGACAUUUUCGUUGCUGUGGGUUGCAAAUGAAGGGGGGCUUGGAGGGUGGGAGGAACGUAUUGAUAUUUUUGUUCAACUAUAUAGCUCUUUUGUGGGUUUAUUCGUGUUAACAUGUGUUUGUGGGUUAAAUGAUUAUUUUGAUAUUGUUGAUAAGUUCUUUGAACUGAAAAUAUCCUUUUAUUUUUGUAUAUUUCCAAAAAUCUUUUUGGUCCUCUUUUAAUCUAACCUUGAAAAAAGUUGAAUGAAUAUUACUUGUAAUGUGUUCUUUAUUUGAAGUGGAAAAUUUGUUAACAUAUAAAGGCUUCAAGUUGAUUCAUCUAUACUGAAUUUACCAGAUGUUCAUCCGUCCCAUAUAAUCAAAGUUUUUACAAAUAUGCCGUCCUUACAUAGAAUGUUAUCAUGUAAAGCUGUUGGUGUUUACUUUUGUUCUUUUAUUGCUCUUUUGAUAUGAAUGCUCUGGUAUGUGAUACACAAUAUAUUCCAACAAUGCUGAAAGGAUUAAAUACCUGUAUAUGUCUAAUGCCUCUCUCAACACUGUAUGGCAAGACCUCUGAUUAAAAGUUCAUCUUUGACGUGACUGAAUUAGGUAGGUGGAAAACAAAAAAAGCUCCCCAAACCAUCCAGGGUCAAGAAGGUUGUGCUAGGUUUUUUAACCAGGGUCAUCCACAUUAUAGCCUAGCAUGAUGCAAACUGAGCUAAUGGAGUUUCCACUAAGACGUAUGUCUUCUUGUUAGGGAUGAGGACUCUAUGAUUCUGUGUAAUGAGUUAAGGAUUCUUAAGCCUUACGUGCAGUCUCCUAAGCAGAUAAUUUAGAAGUUAAGUGUUGACCUGACAAUCAUAAGAUUGUGAUAUUGGUUCCUAGUUUCAACAGUAGAGUUUCAAUAUCUAGGGAAGGGAUCUCAUAGUCAUAGCCUUGCUAAGUUUAUCCAGGUUCAAAUAGGUAUUUGGCAGACAACAAAGGUAGCAUUUAUAUGAAUGACGGCUGUUUGUUAGUCUGAAUGGCAGCAAAGCUGUUUGUCUCCAAGGGAUUGACUCGAUGAUGCCAGGGGUGUAAACAUUGCUGGAACUUAAACUCACCAAGUGUUUAGACACAUGCUUGAGCUUCUAAUGGUUCCUUCUGUUACCAGACAACAUUUGUAAUGUUUGAAUCAACAAUGUGUAUAUUUCAUAUUAGAAGUGUCAUUUUCUCCCUUAUGUUUGUUGUAGCAAAAUAAUUUGUGUGUGUAAAUCAUUAAACCUUUUCUAAGUGUGUGAUGAAGGAGGGAUGGGAUUGAACAUGCUCUUUUUGUUGUGCUGAUUUUUAAAAAAGCUAUAGGACGCUUUUUCCUAUCCCUGAGGCCUUUCCUACCAUAUCAAAACUUUGGUUUGCUAUUUCUUUAGUGCCUUCUUGCUCAGAAUGUUAAUCUAAUUUUUAUAUAUGUGCCCUUAUUUGAGCACUAUAUUUUUUCUGCUUUCUUUUUGUAUUUACUCCAGAGUAAGUUUUUAUUAUCUUUGCUCUUCAUGAACAAUGUUACAGUCUUUUCUUUCUCUCGUCUGCAGUUUCUAAUUUUGAUCUUUAGACGCAGCUUUUUGCUCCCAUGAGCUUUGCUUUUCCUGUAAAACUUUUUUCUAAAACAAAGGAAAUAAUUUCCUGCUUUAGUCUGAUAUAUUGCUGAAAGCAUGUCCAUUAAGUUCAAUUACUCGUAAGUACUGGUAAGUCCCUUUACUGCUGGUUAAGUUUUCUUUCCAUAUAGUACAAUGAUUGGAUUCCUGCAGUUUUGUUUGCUGCCUUUGAAUAGUGUCUUCUUACUCUCACCUUAGUCAUCCUCCUUGGGUUUUUGUAAGGAGUUGUGAUUCCAACUUUUUUUUUCUUCUGAAAUCACAAUGACUGUUGAGACUUGUUCCAUUUUACAGUUGUUAUCCUCAAUGUUGUCAGAUAAUUCAUGUGAUAUGUUUUAUGGAUGUUUUAUACUUUCAGCUUUCUGAAUUUUUAAAAGAUUUCUUUCUACCCUGUGAACAGUUUGUCUGGCAUACUUGACAGACAAAUUGCAGAAUAUAUUUUGGAGCUGCUUUUCCAAUGUGUUCAAACUGAACGCCUGUGAUCACUUUCUUAUUAAGAAUAUUAAAAGUUUUUCUUUGAAUAAAAGAU